AUGCUGGACUUCAUGAUUAUUGUAAUAAUAAGAGAUACUAUUCAAGAAACUACUUCUGAUGUUAUUAUUGAUGAUGAACAAUACUUUGAGGCCAUAGACAAUUUCAGUGACAUAGAUUAUGACUUUAUAGACUUGGAAAACAACACUGAAACAUAUAUAAGCGCACUAAUUAUUACUCAAGUCUUAUCUCUUUCUGAAGCUGAUGACAUAUUUGGUAAUCAAGAAGACAAAGAUUCUAACAAUGUUGAUUCUGAUGAAGACGAUGAUGACAAUGUUGAAGAUAAUAUUGAGGACAAAGUUGACAAAGGUGCUGUUAUUCUCAUUGCCAUCAUGAACAAAAUCCUUGAGCUGUUCAGAGAUCCGUUUCACCUUCCUGUUAGCAUUUCCGGUCUCAAAAGCAUGGCAGAUUUUAAUACCUUAACAAACAGGAUCAAAAAAUAUAUUGCAUGCAGCAAGUGCCAUGACAUUUAUGAAAACAAUGGAUUCACCCCUCCUUGUUGUACAUUCCGCAAGUUUGGCACCAAUAAUCUUUGCAACAACACCUUGUUCAAAUAA